GCAGGGUCUCAGGUGGUGCACCUUGUUGGUGAAAAUAUUGAGCUAUGCUCUAACCAUGAUGAGUGCAAUGGACGUCCUUCCCAAUUCAAGCUGACAAAAGGUUUCUCAGCCAAGGAGCACGUUAAAGGGCAUAUGGUAAAUGUUAUGAAAGGAUUGAAGUUGUAUGAAAACAUUUUCACUGAUUCAGAGUUGGCCAAGUUGAGUGACUUUGUGAAUGAACUCCAUGCUGCUGGCCAGAAUGGUGAAUUAUCAGGUGACACCUUCAUUUUAUUCAACAAACAAAUGAAAGGAAACAAGCGUGAGCUGAUUCAGUUUGGUAUUCCAAUUUUUGGUCACGUCAAGGAGGAACAAGCAGGCAACAACCAGACAACUAACACAGAGCCAAUUCCAGCUCUUCUCCAGCAUGUUAUUGAUCACUUGGUCCAGUGGCAACUAAUACCAGAAUAUAAGAAACCAAACGGUUGCAUCAUUAACUUCUUUGAUGAGGAUGAAUACUCACAGCCUUUUCUUAAGCCACCACAUUUGGAUCAGCCUAUCUCCACUCUUCUCCUCUCCAACUCAACAAUGGCUUUUGGACGCAGUCUGAUGAGUGAUAAUGAAGGAAACUAUAGAGGUCCACUCACACUUUCAUUAAAAGAAGGGUCUCUUUUAGUAAUGAGGGGAAACAGUGCUGACAUGGCAAGGCAUGUCAUGUGCCCAUCCCCUAGCAAGAGGGUCAGCAUCACAUUCUUCAAGGUUCGCCCUGAUUCCAACCAAGGUUACUCAUCACCGUCUAGUCCUCAGGCUGGUGCAAUGACACUAUGGCAGCCAGGUGUUCCAGGACCAUAUGCAAUGCCUAAUGGACCACUCAGUGGCUAUGAGUCAGUAGAUAUGAUGCAGGAAUGGGGAGUCUUCCGUGCCCCUAUUGUCAUGUUAGCCCCUGUGCGUCCAAUGGUAUUGAGUCCCAAAAUACUUCCUCAAGGUGGUACUGGGGUUUUCUUGCCAUGGACUGCAGGGUCAAAAAAACCAGCAAAGCAUCUUCCCCCCAGAGCCCAGAAGGGAAGACUGCUUGCAUUACCACCAACGGUUGAAGCAGAUGUAUCAGAAUCUGCUCCUGAACCAAGCAUCACCAUUGAAGGAAAAGCAGCAUGAAGUUAGUCCAAUGCAGACCUGGGACCACAGAGAAAUGUCAGCAAAGGCAAUCACCCAUGCUCACUUUCUUCUCUAUAGAGCUUCUGCCAUUGUGCAAACAAGUCCCAGGUGCUGUAAAGAAGUUUGUUUUUUCAUUUCCCUUCCUUACCAAGGCUAGGUUCUACCGUUCUAGUGUUUCUACAGUAUCGAGUGAGUGCCAAUCAAUGUAGGGCUUUAGAUGUAGCAGAUCAUUCUGUAUUGAGGUGUGAAUUAGCUCAACUAGAGGCCGGAAUUUUGUGUAUUAAGUCAUUUUUAUUAAUCCUUUUUCUUACAGAAAAAAAUGAUAUCAUUUCCAUGUUCCUUUUGAAACUGAUUAUCGUGUGCUGACUUCACUUGAAAUGGAUAUGUAGAUGGAAGAAUUAACCCUCCCACACAAG